AUGAAAGGGUUGAAGAAAUUGAGAGCUAAAACAACAUUGCACUGCCUCGACAAGUGUUUGUCAGCCACGAUCAACAACUUGAGAGGCAUCAACUACGUGGCAUCUGUGGCCUCUUGCUCCUGUGUCCCAAAAAUAACUGACGUCUGGUACAACGUCACCAACAGUGCCAAUCUUCCUGGAUGCGUUUCUUUCUGUGCACACGGCAAGUUUUCUAUCAAAAAGAGUUUCGACUACGUGGUAGAGAGCCACAAAUGUUUCAGCCUGCAGACGAGUUUGAACACGUGGUACAACUCGAGAACUCUCUGCAACAACCUCCUCUCCUCCCACCCUGUCGUUAUUGAAAGCUCCACUGAGAUUCGCGCCGUCCAACUCUACGCCCUCAGCGUUGAGAAAGAUUUCGUACCAUGCAUUCUGCCAGGGAAUGUCAACACAUUUUUCAUCUGGACGGCCUCCUCUGUAACCUACAACUACAGCGUAGCACGCCCUUCCUUUGGUCUCCAUACCCAGCAACAACUUUUUGCUUGUUUCUUCUUCCUCACUGUCAUGCUACUCCGACAAUCGCAGAACUGCUUACAGAUUCAACUUCAACACGACGUACAUGCAGCUCAAUACAAGAAGAUGGUGUAUUACAGGUGGUUGAGUGGAGAGCCGAACUCGCCAGCCAACUGCGUCUGCUUCACUCUGGAUGUCAGUUACUUCGGAUGGGAUGAUAACAGAUGUUCUAAAACCCUCUGCACUGAAAAUUAUUUGUUUAUAAUAAAUUUCCAAGAGGAGGCCUAUUUACUAAUAUACAACACUUUCUUAUGGGUUCAGGCCCGCCGACAGAAAUUUCGGGCCCCUAGGCUGGACUGUGACGGGCCCCCCGAUGACCGCGGAAGAUAA